AUGGCAGAAUCGGAACUUGAUUUAAGAUCUCUCCAACCAAAUAUUUCUAAUCAUAAAGGCUCAAAUUUCUCCGUCAGCGUCACGGAUGCUAAUGACGAUCUUUCUUCAGCUUCAGACGAUUCUUCCUCUGAUGUAGAGUGUGCUGAUAAUUGUGAACACGGGGAGCAUACCAACUCUCAUGACGCAGCGAGAGGCCAAUCUUAUUCGAGGAACGAGCGAAAAGCUAGAAAGCUAAUUCUUAAACUUGGUCUUGUUCACGUUCCAGAAAUCACAAGGGUUACACUUUGCCGAUCAAAGAAUACGGUGUUUGUUAUCAGCAAACCAGAAGUCUACAAGAAUCCGACCACAAAUUCCUUUGUCGUCUUUGGAGAGGCAAAGGUAGAGGACCUUGGUAUGGCUGCACAGGCUCAGGCAGCACGCCGUUACCAAGAACAGCAGGAGGCAAUGAUGAAAGAUUUUCCCGUCCAAUCUGCAUCGGCUUUAAAGCAAAUUGAAGGAGUGCAGGAGGUUGAUA